GGCUGAUAAGUGUGUGGAGUAAAUCUGCAAAAGCUGCAGCUUGCUCAGUGCAUUUUGGAGAUAACUUUGUCCUCUGCAAACCUUCACCAUGGUUGACGCCUUCUGUGCCACUUGGAAGCUGGUCGAAAGCGAGAACUUCGAUGAGUACAUGAAAGCACUUGGUGUUGGCUUUGCCACCAGGCAGGUUGGUAAUGUGACCAAACCGACCGUCAUCAUCAGCCAGGAGGGAGACAAGGUGGCAAUCCGCACCCAGAGCACCUUCAAAAACACAGAGAUAACUUUCACACUGGGAGAGGAGUUCGAUGAAACCACUGCUGAUGACAGAAACUGCAAAUCCACUGUGACUCUGGAUGGAGACAAGCUGGUCCACGUCCAGAAAUGGGACGGCAAAGAGACCAAGUUUGUUAGAGAGAUCAAAGACGGCAAGAUGAUCAUGAAUCUGACCUUUGAAGAUGUCCAUGCGGUGCGCACCUAUGAGAAGGCAUGAGAGCUCACACUGACAGCACCACUGACCGGCCAAGCCGUGUUGUUUUCAUAAUUAUUGUGGACUGUUUGCUCUUUGCACUUCAUUCUCCUCUGCAUGUAAAAGAUCUGCAAGCUGCACAUGUUUUGUAAGAUGUUUUUUUUUUUUAUAUGAAUCCAAUUCUGUCAUGACAGAUGGAAGGACUUUGCAACUCUGUGUAAAACAAAAUAAAGAAACGAAAUGUG